AUGGGGUGUCCUCUGCACGCCGGCACCAGCCACAGCCCUGCAUGGAAGAAGCUGCUUGUAACAGGCAUCCUGCUCACCUCCUGCACCUGUUCUGCCUCCUCUGAGCUGCCCUUCUCUGUGCAGUUGGAUUCCUUGACAGAAGGAGCCAGAGUCCACCUGCCUGUCCCUGGAAGCCUGGAUGGCAUUCUCAGCACUUCGUGGUUCCGAGGGCACAAAGCCCAACCAGCAGCAAUGAUAUUCUCCGCGGAAGGCCUCCCAGGACCUGCUUACACUGGCCGGGAGAUGCUGGGCACCCAUGGCAGUCUGGUCAUCAGAAACGUGACAGCCCAGGACUCGGGCAGCUACACAGUGGUGCUAGAAACCAGCAGUGGACGCAGGAGUGCGACAGAGCAGAUCCACGUCAAGAACAGCUUCAAGACAGUGCCGCUGCUGACAUUCCCAGAAACUAUUCAGGGUAUCAUCCAGAGUGACCUCAACUACUCAGUGAUCCUAGAGUGGGUGACAACAAUGAACCCCGAGCCUGUGCAGACCUGGACCCUCAAUGGAAAGAUUUGCGGGACAGGAGAGAAGCUGUUCAUCCGGCGGUUGUCCUGGGAGCAGCUGGGCACCUACGUGUGCACCGCUACAAACAGCAAGGAGCAGCUGUCCUCCCAGCCCGUGACUGUCUCACUGCCACAAGCCACCGUGGAUCCCACAGAGGCUGAGCCCAUCGAGCCAGACCCCAGUCUCUCCCUGUCAGGAGGGUCUGCCAUUGGCCUCCUCGUGGCUGGAAUUCUAGGAGCCAUGGCCUUGAUUGGGGGUGUAGGCUUCACCAUCAUCCACAGCCAAAAGAUAAGAAUGUGAUGCUUUUCUGUCUACCUGGAGAAAGACAUCAUCCCAGAGCUACCAAGUCCACGGCACCUUUGUUCAAGGAACAGACCAAAUAGACUUGCUUUGUCCUGUCUCCAAAAUGCCUGAAGAAACCCUCUCUGAAGAAAGCCUCUGAUGGCCCCACUUGGUCCCAUCACUGUGGCCAGGAGGGGGGCAGGAACACAUGGUGCAAGCAGAGUUCCUGAGGCUCAGCCCUGUAUGUCGGGGCUCAGUACUCAGAAAACAGGGGGAAGCCUUGCCUUUUAAGCUGGGCAGAUCCCAAAUACGUCUUCUACACAUGCAACUUA